AUGCCUCAACCGAGCUUGCUAGAUAUUGUGCCGGAAGAAUUAUUUCAAACACAUUCUAUCACGGAGAUAGACCAUGUACAGAAGAAAUUGCAGUAUGAAAUCGAGCGAAAGAGGGAAGAUUUAAGGGCGAUGGUAGGAGAAAGAUAUCGCGAUUUAAUCCAAGCUGCGGACACAAUAGAAGAAAUGAAAUUAACAACAAGCAGCACUUUAGAUCAUAUAAAUGAAAUGACAGUUGCAUGCAAGAGUUUACAUGAUACACAUUUGGUUGGCUUCAAAGUUCAAGAACAACCUAAAAAACCAAGUUUUCAAUUAAAGCCAAAUCCUGCACAAGUUAUAGCAAUACAAGUAAAAUUGUUAAUGGAAAUACCUGAAAAAAUAUGGAAAUGCAUUGAGCGAGAUGACUUUGUUAAGGCAUCGCAACUGUUUAUUAUGGCAAGACAUAUCAAUACAGGGUUGCAGUUACAAAUAGGUGGUGAAAAUGCCAAACCCAGUAUGCAGUCGAUACAGAGAAUUGUGCAGCAACAAUGGUUAUCAAUCUCUAACUUCAGUCAGACAAUUAUCAAUGAGUGUAGGAAGAAAUUGCAAGAUGUCGAUAUUAGUGUAUCAGUGGCAAGUUCUUGUCUUGUAAGUCUUUACCUGCUAGACUCUCAGACUAUGGUGGAACUUCUCAACACUCUCAUUGGCUUACACAGUGACAGCAGUUUGCGAUCCACCCUACAGUUUGAUCUGACACAUAUAUUAGAAGGAGAUGUCAAAGCACAGAUUAAAAAGAAAAUUGUUAAUGGAGUUAAAAUUGUUUUGAAGACAGUUGUUUUGGUGUAUGCUUGUUUUGUAGAUAAUGAAGGUGGUGCAGUGUUGGAAAUGCUGAAAGAUUUAUACAAAAGGGAUUCCAAAACUCUAUUAGAUUUAGUGGAGUUCAGUGACACAGCGUCAUUGCGAUUGUUACCAUCUGCUAUAUCUAAUUACAAAUUAUCAACUCGGAAGGAAAUACAAGCAGUAGCUAAGGAAGAUAUAUCGAAAUCAGUACAAAAAUGGAGUGUAUGGGUGAAGACAUACAUUGAGAGUAAUGUACAGACUUUGCUGCAGAAUGUCACUAGAGUUAAAGUUCUACACGAGAUAAGAGAAGAAGCAUUUAAAAUAGAAACACCCUCAAACUGGAGUGCAGUGUGCACAGCUCUAGAUAUACCGGAAGUCCAUGUGUGGUGUCACUACUUCCAGCCUUUGUUGACCUCUCGAGUCAAACAUAUUAUAGACAACCGAUGGCUCAAAGUUUACGAUGGUUUUAAAACUCAAUUACUAGUUGAUUUAACUAAAGUAUCUUCUGAUAAUGAAUUAGAGAAGGAAUUCGAUAUAAAUUGGUUUGUAUGGAAGGAUCUUAUUGGUGAAACUGUUAUAGAAUCAAGGAAUGACGUCAUCAGUGUUAUGAAUUCGCUAAUGAAAGGUAUGUCAAGACAAGACCGUGGCUUCACACCGAACAUAGAGAAACUCUGUCAAGGUUUAGAUGAUGAAUUACAGAAGCUUCUAGAAGAUUUGAAAGUGUAUUUAUAUCCAGAGAAGAGAAGUAGAAGUAAUAAAUUACUGUUUUAUGAAGAAGAUGAUAAACAACAGAUAUACAGCGAUAGGGAGGAUAUUGAAGUUUAUUUGAGAAAUGUCUCUGAUACAAAUAUACAAAGUAUGUUACAAUACAUAAAAGCGUGUUUCGAAGAGCCAACUUUACAAUCAACUGAGUUACAAAGGAAGAGUACAGCGGUGUACUCGGCACGGUUCAUACAAGCGAUAGUAUACCUUAUGCCUAACUUACGUAAGUGCUAUAUUCCUGAAGACAACGCGGAUAUUAUAGAAGAAACUGCAAUAAACAGAUGGAAUAAUAUAAGUGGAAUAUUGAAAGAGAAUUGCCAAUACUGUUGGGGCAAAUGGUUGGACAUUGUAAUGCAAAAGGUGAUAGAUUUGAUCAAAUGUUUGCCGCAAGAAUUCACUUUGGAAGCCAAUGUUGACUAUUUGAUGAUGCAAUGGGAUGUAAUACAAAUACAAGAAAAAGACGACGAAGGGAACUCUAUAGAAUCGACUAUAAAAGUUCCCGCGGGACCUUCUAUUAAAUUACAAGAAUAUUUAUACUCAAUCAGUCGUAUUUUAGACGAAGUUGUCCCCCACACGUUACCGCACGAAGUUCAUACAGAAUUCGUGGAAAGAGUUACAUCCGUCCUUCUCGCACACUACAAUAAUGUGAUAAGAGAGAAAGAGACAGAUAUAAAUCAGAGAUGUGCGCUUCAGUUGUUGAUGGAUGUGAGACAUUUGACGUUGCUCAUGGUUCCGAGAGAGAAUAAGAAAUGUAUGGAAUAUUCUCAGGAUAUUUGCGAGUUUUUAAGACAGAAAAUAGAUCCGUUUGACUAUGAUGUUUUUUAUCCUUAUAUCCAGAUUAAUUUGAAGCGAUCAGUGCAAAGAGUACAGACGUUGUUAGGCAGCCUGGUGCUGCAUCACGGCCAGCUGCGCGGUGUGGUGGGCAGCCGCGCCACGUCGGGCGGCUCCGCGGACAACGCGGCGCGCCUGCUGGCUGCCACCGACGCGCACUGGUUCACACUGCUGCCCGUCGCCGCGCCCGCGCCCGUUAUGCACAAGCAGGAUAAAACUGUUAAAAAGAAAACGGUAGCUGCAAGUCCCAACAAGAACAAGGAUAUUACAGACGUGAUGAGCAGUUCUCUGCCCAUCAACUUUGCGAACGCCAGAUCUGGUGCAGCUUCCUUCUUCACAUCGAUGACUUCCGAUUGGUUUAGUGGCUCCUAAGUUACACCUAAAUUCAUAUUACAUAGACAGGUCGUAUAGAAACAAAGAUUUAAAAAUAUGUAUAGAGUAGGCAUAAUUGACAUUUCACUUGAGAUAUUUUUUUUUUAAAUUGUAAUAACGCCAUCUAUUA